AUGUCUAAUGUAUUUUUACCUGGCGAACUAAUUGGAUUAUUGCGAGCAGAACGAACGGGGCGUGCCUUGGAAGAAGCCAUUUGUUACCGAGCUUUAUUAUUGGGAGUAACAAAAACAUCUCUGAAUACUCAAAGUUUCAUAUCCGAAGCGAGUUUUCAAGAAACUGCUAGAGUUUUAGCAAAAGCCGCUCUUCGGGGUCGUAUUGAUUGGUUGAAAGGUCUUAAAGAGAAUGUUGUUUUAGGGGGAAUGAUACCCGUUGGUACCGGAUUCAAAAGAAUAAUGCACCGUUCACAAUAUUUAGAAUAA